GACAUCGGUAGUGUUGAGGUUUCAGGCUUUUCAGCUGAGCGUUCGUCAGUAGCCAAGUGUUCACUGCCUUCAUUUUUCCAGAGUGAUUCGAGCGAUCGAUCUCUGUUCGUGUGUUUUAGUUUAGCUCGAGGGUGAGAGAUCGUCAUGGCUUCCCACCAGGACAAGGCUAGCUACCAGGCCGGCGAGACCAAGGCCCACACCGAGGAGAAGGCUGGGCAGGCGAUGGGGGCGACCAAGGACACGGCGCAGCACGCCGCGGGCAAGGGCCACGACGCCAAGGAGGCGACCAAGCAGAAGGCGUCCGACACCGGCAGCUACCUGGGCCAGAAGACCGACGAGGCCAAGCACAAGGCCGGCGAGACCACCGAGGCCACCAAGCACAAGGCCGGGGAGACCACGGAGGCCACCAAGCACAAGGCCGGCGAGACCACCGAGGCCGCCAAGCAGAAGACCGCCGAGGCCCUCGAGGCCACCAAGCAGAAGGCCGGCGAGGCCGGCGAGUACGCCAAGGAGAGCGCCGUCGCCGGCAAGGACAAGACCGGCAGCGUCAUCCAGCAGGCCACUGAUCAGGUGAAGAGCGCGGCGGUGGGCGCCAAGGACGCGGUGAUGAACACGCUGGGGAUGAGCGGGGACAGCGGGGACAACAAGGAGGGCCACGCCGGCAAGAAGGACGACUCCACCAUCACCAGGGAUCAGUAGACGCGCUUGCUUGCUUGCUUCCGUCCUGCCCCUCGACCGAUCGAUCCCCCGUUCGCUUGUUCAUGAGUCCAGUGUGUAUCUUUCCGGUUCCAUGAUUCCUACGAAUUCGGUGCUGUAAGUUUGGCGUUGCUGUAUUUGCGUCGUGAUGAAGUGUCUGUAAACGAGUCGGGUGGGAGCGGUCUGGCUGGCGAUCUCUGUGCUCGUCGGUCAGGCGUCUCUCAGCUUUGUGGUUUUUUUUAUUAUGGUGUAACAAUAAAGCUGGUAAAUCCUCUAUGUAUAUGAUGAGUGUGGAUGUUUUGUGGUUUUCAGUA